AUGGCUGCUCCAUUGACAGCACUCAUCACGCUCCUCCAAGACAAUGUGGGGAAGAAAAAUGCCGCCGACUGGAUCAACCGUUGUAAGUCAGAGCUAUCUACGAUAUCUCUCCCGCUCGGUAAUCAGGACAGGGGCUCGUAGUCACCCAGUUCCGCUCUCCGAUGUUCCCACAGAUGGCCCCGCCACGUUUGCAGCCAUUGCGGAGGAUCAAAACCCGUUCAGUUUCGUCAUCGUGGCGGCUCACAAAGUGAUCUUUCCGGGACUGGGAAGCUCCUCGAUCAUGUGAGCUCACCCUUCACCGUGAUCACCUUUUAAACCUCUCGGACUAUGCUGACGCUACCGCUCGGCCGGAUGGAACUGCAGACAAGUGUGGUGGCUCGUCGCGCUUUUCAUCGUAUCAAUGGGGAUAGCAUUGGCAGGACUCAUUCUACGUCUCCAACAAGGACGCUUCUGGCUCGUCCAUCGUAUCGACUCGAGGAUCACAAUGCCCAACAUUUCCAUCCAAAACUCUUUCUGGGCGUUCAUGUACAGCGCUUUGAGCAUCGUCGCCCUCGCAAUGACGACUCGAAUCGCGGCCGGUACCGACUACUCGUCGUGGUACGUCAACUUUGGUAGCCUCCUACCCCUCGUUCUGUUCAUGGGCCAAUACGCCGAGAUCUGGGCGAGCUGCUCGAGCUAUUUCAUCCGCCGAACCGAACGGCACGAAGACGACCCGCUCCUCGUCUCAAUUUGUUUCAUGCUACUCCCUUUCACCUGGCCCCUGGUAGCCAUCAUCCCACCUCUCGUUGGCUUCACCAUCGCGGCCCAGAACCUUCAUCAAAUCUUUGCGGGUGCGCGGAAAUGCGUCAGCAAUCUCCAUGCCCUUUCCGCAGCGUGGGUACCCGGCAUGGGCACCGAUAACCUUCUUGCCCAACUCACCGAGGGCUUGGGGCCCCUGCAUCAGGUUCUUGCCUACGGGCUAGCUUACACGAUCUAUACUCAACUUGCCUUCGGUUACAUGGGCUCCAUAUUAGCCAUCACCUUUGUCGUAUGUUCGAGGAAUGUGGCUCACUUUGUAUAAUCGGUGGCCUACCGCUGUAUCACUGACACUUCGACUUGCUCGACCCCGUUCUUCAACAGCUGUACAUCAUCGCCUCCGUAGUCGAGGUAAUGAACCUCCGACGCCAGUCGCACAAGCUCCGCCUCCAAACCCAAGUCGGAGUCGCUAGACCACCCCAAAGGCUCAGCUUCCCGCCGAAACUCACGUUGAACAGCGCUGCGGGCACGGUUUCCAGUGAGCCGGCGUUCAAUGGCUUUCAAAUGAAUUGCUCGGGGGAUGAUGCGCUCACGAGUCAGCUCAAGUAAGGAUGCGUCAAGUGAUCAGGGAAUUGUGUCUUGACCCAUCCUUUUUAAUCCCACCAGACUCCAAGCAAGUCUCAUCGAAUGGGCAACAACGAACCGAGUCCUCACGGCCAUCCCCGUCUCCCUCAUGCUACUCUUUAACUCGGGCCUCUCCUUUUGGUCCGCGGCGAAGCCGAUUCACUUAGGCGACGAUUACCGCCAAGUGCAAGAGAUCACGAUCGUCGCGGGCUGGAUCAACGUGAGCCUUUCGACCAUUGUUGCGGUGUUGAUUCUGUUCCGAUCACUUAGUGGUUCGCCGGAGGUGACGCUCAAAGUGAAGAAUUGGGCGCCUUGGUUACCUUUGGCACCCAUCAACACAUCUCCCAAAACGACCUUCACUGCACAAGGCCCCUUAACUAUGACGUAUUACACCGAUUCGAUACAGAAGAGCCCCUUCAUGUCGGCGGAUGGCUCCCAGAAUGACCUAAAGAUGCCCGACUUUGCGGGCACGGUCAGCGGGAUUACGAUCAAGAGGGAACGACAGGUGUCGGUCGAUGAUGGGACUCAGCGUUCUUCUGUAUAA